GCCACGACUUCGGACAAGAUCGGAUAUCCAACGGCAACGUGAGCCAUGGAGGUCAUACUGGACAACCCGCUCCUCGUCGCCCGCCCCGCCAAGGCAGGCAAUCGAGUCGCGUGGGCGCUCGUGGGUCUCGUGCUGCUGGCCAACUUGCUCUUCUCGGGUUUUAUCUACGGCUGGUCGUCGCUGCUGCUCUUUCUCCUUGAAGAGCGUCAGUACAAUGAACUCUGCGAGCCAUCUGAGCGAACGUGUCCGGCCCAAGAGAACCGCUUGAACCUCAUCUACGGCGUCGCCCAGUUCGUCGCGACCUUGAGCUCACUCCCGGUUGGCGUGAUCCUCGAUACCAUUGGCGCACCGAGUAUGACGGCCAUCGGCGGUCUUUGCACGACACUGGGCUUCACACUACUCGCGGUCGCCGACUCGCGCGUGUUUGAUGUGUUUGUACCAGCGUACACGCUCCUCGGUGUCGGCGGUAUCGCGACACUGCUCACCUCAUUUCGCGCAGGCUUUGUCCUCCUUCGGUGGCAGACGGCCAUCUUGGCCGGCGUCAACUGCCUCUACGACGCCUCGGCGGUCAUGCCAUCGCUGCUCUUCCUCCUCCACGAGUCGUACGGCUUCUCGCGCCGCACGCUCCUUCUCGGAUGCGCCUGCCUCGCUGCGUCAACCUACGCGCUGCUGCUGGUGUUGUGGUCGCGCCACACGCGGAAUCUCCGCGCCGACGCCUACGCAGCGGUGCCCAGCGACGCCGAGGCUGAUGCACCGACGACGAUAUCUCUCGGCGCUCAAAUCCGAACGUUUGAGUUUCGCUACCUCCUGCUCUUUGCUGGUGUCCAUAUCUUCCGCGCCGCCUUCUUCUUUGGCACCAUUGACGAGACGCUGGCGGUCUUUGGUGACGCCUCGUACGUGUACACCAAGGCGUUUGGCUGGAUCCUUCCCGCGGGCUUUGUGUUUGUUCCGGUCAUCAACGGCGUCGUCGAAGCGCGCGGCGUGGCGGCCUCCAUGCACCUCACGACGGCCCUCGGUGUGCUCAGUAACGCGCUCGCGAUGGUUCCUAUCCUGGCGCUGCAGCCUGCCACGUUUGUGCUCUUUACGGGCUUCCGCGCGUUCCUCUACUCGAACGUGGCGACGUGCGCGGCCAGAACCUUUGGCGCCGCGCAUCUCGGGACGCUCAUGGGCGCCAUCUACACGUGCAGCGCGCUCUUUGCAUUUUUGGAGAUUCCGGCGGCCGCCGUCGCGCUGGCGAGUGCGGCCGGUCGCAUUGGCAUGUACAGCGCGUCGCUGGCGCUGGGUUUGCUCCUCGUGCCUGUGACGGAAGUGUACCGCAAGCGUCAGCUACGUGCUUGAUCCACCGUCCCCUUGUCGCAUGUAAAACCAAGGUUUCUCCGCGUAGUUUGGUUGAGUGAUAGGUGAGUUGGUCUUCCCAGCACGGUAGAUAUGUACUAGAGGUAGGAGUAUGCAUGCUCAGGUGGACGUGACGAUUGGACAGUGUAUAGUACCC